UGUACGCAGACUCGUAUCGUUCGUAAAGUUUUAUACAUAUUUAAUUUAUUCAUUUAUUUCGGCCUACUCGGUAAAAUUUGUUUUAAACGCAACACGUUAAUCGCGUUAGUAUAGUGAAUUCACGUGCGUAUUUCAAACCAGAACUGACAGUUCUAUAUUAAAAAAAAAAUAGAAAAAACAAUUUAAAAAAAAUCAAGUGAAGUGAAUAAAAAUGAACUUAAAUGUAUUUGUAAAUAAUUUCCUCGGUUUUAUUCAGUCCGUUAGGGAUGUUCCCUGGCUGCGCUGGCUGCUCAGAUUUCUGGCAUUGUCACAGGCAAUAGAGCCUGUGGGAUGGCCUGCUUCCUUCCCGUUAAAAGAUGGCGACACAUUCGACUUUAUAGUUGUUGGCGCUGGUUCUGGCGGUGCCACUGUUGCUGCUAGGUUAAGUGAAAUUAUACAAUGGAAGGUUCUGCUUUUGGAAGCGGGAGGUGAUCCCCCCGUCGCUAGUGUGAUACCGAGUAUGUUUGCAGUACUCGCCCACACUGAAUAUGAUUGGGACUAUAUUGCUCAACUCGAUGAAGGAAUCGGACAAAGUCAUCCCGAAGGGAAAAUAUUCAUGACUCGAGGAAAAAUGUUAGGAGGAUCAUCUUCAUCUAACUAUGAAAUUUAUGCUAGGGGUGUACCAGAGGACUACAAUGAAUGGAGUGAAGUGGCCCCUGGGUGGGACUGGAAUACAGUUCUUCAUUACUUCAAAAAGCUUGAACGAAUGACAGAUCCAGUAGUUCUAAGCAAUCCUUAUAAUGCUAAGUUGCAUUCAACGUCAGGACCCGUCGCAAUAUCAAGACCUAAAAUGAAUCCUGUGUUUGAAAAAAUAAGCGAAAGAGUCCUAAGUUCUUAUGAAGAAAUUGGAAUAAAGAGGGUUUUAGAAAAUAACGGCCCAGAAAUUUUGGGUGCCUCUCGGCCACAUUUCACAUAUGCUGAUGGUAGAAGAUCGAGUACAGCUGAAGCAUAUUUAAGGCCAGCACGAGACAGACCCAAUUUUUUUGUUACGAAAUUCGCCAGAGUUACUAAUGUUUUAAUAGACCCUAUAACCAAAAAAACAUAUGGUGUUAGCGUCAUGCUUAAUUCCUUUGAAAAAAUCAAUGUAUACGCAAAUAUAGAAGUAAUUUUAUCGGCAGGUGCCAUUGACACACCAAAGAUUUUAAUGCUGUCUGGUAUAGGGCCUUCAGAAAUAUUAAAACCGUUACAUAUAAACGUUCUUACCGAUCUUCCGGUUGGUAAAAAUUUGCAAGAUCAUAGUUUAACUCCGUUAGUUUUCACAGGACAAAGAGGUAUCCAAACUGCGAUCCAAAAUGUAUUCAUCUCUACUGAGCUCGAUUCAUAUCCAACGCCAUUUCAAUGCGGUUUUCUCAAAGUAAAUUCUUCUCAUUAUAAUGAAACAAGAGAAAAACCAAACAUUCAAACCUUCAAUAUUAACGUCGGAGCCACUGCAGCUCCACUUAUAUUGUAUGGGUGUCGGACAAUCACAAACUACGAUGAAGAUUUUUGCUUUUCAAUGAGUAAAGCGAACGUGUACAGUGACAAUGAUAUUACUUCUCUCAUUCUUCUACAUCCACUAUCUAGAGGACAAGUAAAGUUGAGAAGCAAUAACCCUUUUGACGCUCCCAUUAUAGAAUUAGGGUAUUACAGAAAUAAGAAAGACAUAAAUGUAGCAGUUGAAGCCGUCAAAUUUAUGAUCAGGCUAACCAAGACGUCGUACUAUCAAAAAAUUGGUAGUAAGGUGGUAAAACUAAAAGUAAAGGGCUGUGCAGGUCUCGAAUAUGGAACAGAUGCAUACUGGAGAUGUUAUGUAGUGAAUAGCGUUACUUCAAUAUAUCAUCCUGUAGGGACCUGUGCGAUGGGUCCGGAUGGUGUUGUUGACGAAAGAUUAAGAGUUCACAACAUUGAAGGUUUACGGAUUGUUGAUGCUUCGAUAAUGCCUCUCAUUCCUAGCGGUAACACUAACAUACCAACAAUAAUGAUCGGUGAAAAAGCUGCUGAUAUGAUUAAAGAAGACUACAAUUUCACAUAGUUUGCUGUGUGGAAACUGUAUUUCACCCACUCAUCACAUAUUCUACCGCCAACAGCAAUACUUAGUAUUGUUGUGUUUGAGCCAGCUUAACUACAGGUACAAGGGACAUAACAUCUUAUCGUUAGUUCCCAAGCUGGAUGACACAUUGGCAAUGUCAAUAAUGGUCAAUAUUAAUUACAGCACCAAUGUAUUUGGGUGGUGUUGACCUCCUACCAUAAUUGGCUCAUUAGCUGGUCAGAC